AAAGCGGAAGCGGAAGUGACGUUCGGCGAAGGUGGGGGCAAUCAUGGUGCCGCUGGGGAGGGGAGAAGCUGCUGCUGCCGCCGUUGCCGGGAUCCGCGGAGACAGGUCAUUACAUUUUCAUUUCUCACAAUUGGGCUGAGCACAACUGAACCAUGGGGGAACACAGUCCAGAAGACAACAUCAUCUACUUUGAGCCAGAGGAAGAUGAGCUGACCCCUGAUGAUAAGAUGCUCAGGUUUGUGGAUAAAAAUGGACUGGUGCCUUCCUCAUCUGGAACUGUUUAUGAUAGGACCACUGUUCUGAUUGAGCAGGAUUCUGGCACUUUGGAGGAUGAAGAUGACGAUGGACAGUGUGGAGAACACUUGCCUUUUCUCGUAGGGGGUGAAGAGGGCUUUCACUUAAUAGAUCAUGAAGCAAUGUCCCAGGGUUAUGUGCAACACAUUAUCUCACCAGAUCAGAUUCAUUUGACAAUAAACCCUGGUUCCACGCCCAUGCCACGAAAUAUCGAAGGUGCAACCCUCACUCUGCAGUCGGAAUGUCCAGAAACGAAACGUAAAGAAGUAAAGCGGUACCAGUGCACCUUUGAGGGCUGUCCCCGCACCUACAGCACAGCAGGCAACCUGCGUACCCACCAGAAGACUCACCGAGGAGAGUAUACCUUUGUCUGUAAUCAGGAGGGCUGUGGCAAGGCCUUCCUCACCUCCUACAGCCUCAGGAUCCACGUGCGAGUGCACACGAAGGAGAAGCCAUUUGAGUGCAACGUGCAGGGCUGUGAGAAGGCAUUCAACACACUGUACAGGCUGAAAGCACAUCAGAGGCUUCACACAGGGAAAACGUUUAACUGUGAAUCUGAAGGCUGCAGCAAAUACUUCACCACACUCAGUGAUCUGAGGAAGCACAUUCGAACCCAUACGGGAGAAAAGCCAUUCCGGUGUGAUCAUGAUGGCUGUGGAAAAGCAUUUGCAGCAAGCCACCACCUUAAAACUCAUGUCCGUACCCAUACUGGUGAAAGACCUUUCUUCUGUCCCAGUAAUGGCUGUGAGAGAACUUUCAGCACUCAAUAUAGUCUCAAAAGUCACAUGAAAGGUCACGACAACAAAGGACACUUAUACAAUGCACUUCCACAACACAAUGGAUCAGAGGAUACAAAUCACUCACUUUGUCUGAGCGACUUGAGCCUUCUAUCCACAGAUUCUGAAUUGCGAGAAAAUUCUAAUACAACACAGGGCCAGGACCUGAGCACAGUUUCACCAGCAGUCAUCUUUGAGUUGAUGUUCCACAAUUCAGAGGAUACAGCAAUUCAGGAAGACGCACGACAGACAGCUGCCUUGAUUGAAAAUUUUAAUGGUGAUGCAGAGUCAGUCAGUGACGUUCCGCCAUCCACAGGAAAUUCAGCAUCUUUAUCUCUUCCACUUGUACUGCAGCCUGGCAUCUCCGAGCCACCCCAGCCUCUACUACCAGCCUCAGCUGCGUCUGCUCCUCCGCCUGCUCCCUCCUUAGGAACUGGUUCCCAGCAAGCUGCAUUUGGCAACCCCCCUGCUCUCUUACAACCUCCAGAAGUGCCUGUUCCCCACAGCACGCAGUUUGCUGCUAAUCAUCAAGAAUUUCUUCCACACCCCCAGGCACCCCAGCCCAUCGUACCAGGACUUUCUGUUGUUGCUGGGCCUUCUGCAUCAUCAGCAGCAGUGGCAUCAGCUGUGGCAGCACCAGCUCCACCACAAAGUACUACUGAGCCCCUGCCAGCCAUGGUCCAGACUCUGCCCCUGGGUGCCAACUCUGUCCUAACUAAUAAUCCCACUAUAACCAUCACCCCGACUCCCAACACGGCUAUCCUGCAGUCCAGCCUAGUCAUGGGAGAACAGAACUUACAAUGGAUAUUAAAUGGUGCCACAAGUUCACCACAAAACCAAGAACAAAUUCAGCAAGCCUCUAAAGUUGAGAAGGUGUUUUUUACCACUGCAGUACCAGUAGCCAGUAGCACAGGGAGCUCUGUACAGCAGAUUGGGCUCAGUGUUCCUGUGAUCAUCAUCAAACAAGAGGAGGCAUGUCAGUGUCAGUGUGCAUGCCGGGACUCUGCGAAGGAGCGGGCGUCUGGCAGGAGAAAGGGCUGUUCCUCCCCACCCCCUCCAGAGCCAAGGCCCCAGGCCCCCGAAGGGCCCAGCCUGCAAAUACCACCGCAGACUUUUUCAUCACCUCCUGUCACCCUGUCGUCAUCCUCCACCGUGCCCUCCUGUGAGCAGAGCAGACAAGCAGAGACUCCUUCAGACCCUCAGACAGAAACGUUAAGUGCCAUGGAUGUGUCAGAGUUUCUAUCCCUCCAGAGCCUGGACACCCCGUCCAAUCUGAUUCCCAUUGAAGCGCUGCUGCAGGGGGAGGAGGAGAUGGGCCUGGCCGGCAGCUUCUCCAAGUGAAGGGCACGAGUGUGCUCCCCUCCAGGAUAGGAGGAGAGCAGGAGGCAGCAGAUGCUAUGUCUGCCACCAUCAUGGGUCAGAAAUUUGAAGGAUGAAGAAAUCUACUGUUUGAAAUCCUCACCUUUCAGAUGUAUUUUCUUUAUUCAUAUCCCAGGAGCAUCCAUUUUAAGGAACUAAUCUUUGGAAAAAAAAAACAAAAAACAACAAAAAAAAAGCUAAGUUAUAAAUGAACUGUUUGGCUGCACUGUAUGUCACUUUUGCUUGUCAUGUGAACUUGGAAAUUAAGGUUACUCGUAUGCAUAAACAUUCUAAAUGAAAGGGUGUGGUUUCCAUCAAUCUGGUACUGCCCAUCACUUGCACUGGGGUCUUUGUGGAUUGGGCAGGAGAGUUCAGUGUGUUGGGUGUUGCUCCUCCCUGUGUGUCUUUUGAAUCUGAGGCUGACUUUUGCUUGGAAGGCCAGACCCUUGCUCCAUCAAAGAGGGCAGUGGCAAAGGCCAGCGAGACAGCUGUGAUUUGGACAGGGUUCUGAUGAGAUGGCCUUGUUGUUGUGCUUGGUGUCAGUGGAGCUCAGGGUGGAUAAUGCAGGGGUCAUCCUGCAGCCCUUUUUAGCACAAAUGGGCAGCUUAAGGCCUGGCCCACAGGCUGCUGGCAUGAUCUGGUUCUCCAGAGGCCCUAGGCAGGUUGUUGACUGCUGUCUGUUGAUGACGUGUGUAUGGAGCAGGCUCUAGCAACACAGUCACAGCCUUUACCUUCCUGGUUCUUUCUGUCUCUCAGUUGCCAGGGCUUGCAGAUGGCAGUGAAUUUUCCUUGGGGAGCAUCCCUGUUUUUGUCCUAGGGUGAACAUGUGGCUUAUGGACAGUUACUAGUCAGUGGUCUGCCUUCCUUUUAAUGGUAUUUUCUUCCUCAGAGAAGACAGGCUGCAUUGUGCUUAUCAGGAGAAGGUGCAGAUUUAAGGGAGUUGGUACGAGGUGGCAUGUAAUUGGCAGGCCAGGUGUCCUGGUUCCAGGUUCUAGCCAGGCUUUUGCUUGCCCCUCCCAUCUCUGCCUCUCACCCCUCUGGAUUUUGCAUACAGUCUACUACAGUGCAAAGAAGGAUGUGAUUUGCUCAGCUUAGUCAUGUGAUUUCUAAACAAAAAGGAAAAAAAAUACGAAACGAUGAUCUUCUACUCAGGGUAAAACAAAAUAAAAAAUUCCCCUUCCACCAAAAAGCCUGAAAUGUUGCAAUAAGUUAUCUCAUUUGGAAUGUUUCAUUAAGUUGUUUUAUAGGAAAAAAAUUUUUUUGUGUGUGUGUGAAUAGAAUUAUAUCCAUCUGUCUGCCUUUGGCUCCAAGUCAUUGCCUCUUAAAAUAAAACAUAAUUUACAAUCCACACUAGAAUGAAAGAUUUCUCUCAACUGGUUAUAUUAAUGUAGUCACGAGUGCUCACCAGACUCACCAAGCUCAGAAGCCAGGCAGGGCCCAAGGUGUGCAAUAGGCCUGUGCCUCCAAAGAGCCUUUGCCUUGCCUUGUAGCGUGUUCCACAAACAAGGCUGAUCUUCCGAGUCAACAGCGUCAGGCAGAAGGCAGCUGUAACUUUGCCUUGCAUUUCCAUUUCCCUAAUGUAAGGAAAUCUGCAUUGGUCACUCUCCUGUUCUCUGAGCCAUCGCUCAGGGCCAGCCAGCACAGUAUCCAGAGCAGAUAAUUUUCCUUGGAGCCAGAUGCCCUGCCUUUAGCCAGGGUGUUCAGGAGCAGACUUGGACCAGAGGGCAGUGGUGAUGAAUAUUGUUACUGCUGUGAGAAGUGGGCUUAACUACAAAGCAGCUGACUUCUCACUCCAGGAGGCUAGCCAGGAGAAUCCAUUUAUUUUUGACCUUCUGUAUUCCCCUCCCCAAAAAGGCUGGGGGAUUUUAGGGACCAUGGACUUCAGCAGACAUAGCAAAGGCAAGAUGAAUCUUCUGUUAGCACAGUGGAUUAGUCCUCCUAGAAAACCAGCUGCUGAGUGUGAGUUGUUUUUGGUGAGUUGUUCUCUGGGCCUUGCAACCACAAGCAGCUUUGAGGUAGAGCCCUUGCUGUUUGUAACUCUUAAGAGAGUAGCAGAUGGGAGCCCCAAAGUUAGCCCGUAUCAGACGGCAGUCAUGACCGUCCCACUUGUCUAUCCUAUUGUUUACGUGGGAUUCAGGCUCCCUGGGAGUUGAGGUGGGAAGUAGGAGCCCAGGGAAAAACAUUUGAAGUGUUCAUGGUUUAAAUAUUGUUUAGCCUAAUUGGUUAGCCAGGGCUGUGGUUAUGCUGGGCCCUACCUGGGUCAGUGGCCUUUCCACUCUCCAAAGUUUGGGGGUGAUGAAGAAGCAUCUUAAACAGUGUUUUGGGGUUGACAAUUUUUUUUUCCAUUUUAAGUUUAAGUAUCUGCCUUUUGAGAGUGACUUUAGAUGUAUAAGAGAGACUAUCAGAUCCAAUCAGCUUUCGAGAAAUCAGGAAUCUGCUUAAAAUGCCAGUGAGUGGUUAUGAAGUGAUUUACCCCCCAGGGUAGGCAGUCUUUCCCUCCUCUCCCGGUGCUCUCCCUGUCCUCCCCACCAUCCUUUCAUAAGUUUGGCCUCUAGUGCCAAGGACCUUGGGGUCCCUGGCUAAACUGGAGCCAGAAAGAACCUUCCUGGAGAGUGUGGUUUUCCAAACCUGGGAGUGAAUGUAGGAUGAGUUUUGGAGGGUCUACAGAAGUCUAGUAGUAAAUUCAAGCCUUUUUUCUUUCCAUGGCAAACUUAACCACUUUCGCCCUAUAGAUUUAAACCUUAGGAUCCCACUUGCAUCCCCAGUUAGGCUGCCCCUUUAAAGGGUACUCUGCACCAGGGGUGGGAGUUCAUGGGCUUAGGAGGUGGUAAGUAAACCUUGGCUGGCACCACCAAACUGCCUUAGUGAAUUUGGCCCUUCCUGGGCAGAUAGGUAGGGGGGGCAUUAGGGAAAGUGGCCCAGUCUUUCCUGGCAGGGUCUGGCCAAUCUUGAGGGGCACCACUAAUUUGGUGAUACAAGUGGUGUCAUUUAUUGAAUUCCACCUUCUUUUAGAAGGAGAUCAUGGUACAAAGCCCAGGAGGGCCUUAAGACGUGAAGACUUCUCCAGGCCUUCAUGAAGGGGGCUUCUCUUCAUCACCUCUGGGAAAGACAGUAGAUGGGAAAGUUUUAUUUUCAGGGUCAAGGCUGUGGACCGAUGGGGAUAAUGGAAGGUGGGUGGGUUUUCCUGAGAGACUCUGUACAAUACUGAAUGUGUCCAGAAGGACAAGUUUGCAGAACCUCAUAUUGGUAUAUUAAAGAAAUAAUAAAAUAAAAAAGCACUUUAGGUUAUUUUAUCUUUAA